AUGAACAUCACUACAUUAAGAGUAUUGUACACUGGUGGUCUUCCAGCACUUAAUACAGAUUGUUUCAAUGCUCCGGUUAUCAGCCCUAGGAAGGGGUGUAUGUUCCCUGGAUUACAUGUUGAGGUAGGUUUUUGGUUUUUUUUAAUUGUUGUUAUAGCACCCAGCAGGGAAUUAGUUAGAGAGGAAGUAGAGAGGCUAAACGAGAUCAAUGCAUUAGAGCCAAAGUUGGGUAGUGUAGGGCAGAGUAGGUUAAAGCAGGGUAGAGUAAAGCAGGGUAGCGUAAGGCAAGGUAGGAUAAGGCAGGGCAGCGUAAGGCAAAGUAGCGUAAGGCAGUGUAGAGCUGGGUAGAACGUAUUAUCAUGUUCUUUUAAUUUCUUUUCAGAUAAUAAAGCUAAUAGCAACCCGGCUAGGCUUAAAAAUAGAACCCCACUACCAUCCGAGUGAACAGCCUGUUGUUGGACAUGUUGUAAGUUAAACAUAAUUGUAAAUCAAGGUUCUGUAAACAUGAGCGGGGACCCAAAAAAGGGCAUAGGACAUGUUUAAAAGCAAUUUUGAAUAGGUCCGAACCGGCUCCGUAAACCUAGAGGCAAGAGUUAAGAACAAGGCCUAGUCGAUAUACCCCCCCCUACCGUUUCCCGCCUUUUUGAUAUAUUUUAGGGUUGGGAGAUUUUCUAAUGUCUUUUUAAACUUAUAGGUAGACGGAAUCCCAAAUGGUCUAAUGCAACUCAUAAACAAUGGUACAGUUGACACCAUGGCUUUAGCCGUAGGUCCUGAUGACGAAAGACGACUAUUUUUUGACUUUACUGAACCGGUGUAUUACGUAAGUCUAUUUGACCUUGCAGCUUACUCUUAGCGUAAGCCUGAGUAUAAUCUUAAACUUGAACCGAAGCUUGAGCUUAAUUAAGCCUGCUUUUGAGGUUAAAUCUAAACUCAAGGUUGAGGCUGAGACUGAACCUGAGCUUGAGACUAAGCCUGUGCCUGAGCCUGAGGUUGAGCCUGAGCCUGAGCUUGAGCUUGAGCUUGAGCUUGAGCUUGAGCUUGAGCUUGAGCUUGAGCUUGAGCUUGAGCUUGAGCUUGAGCUUGAGCCUUGGCGUUAGUUUUAGCCUUGGUCUUCAAAUUAUUAUAUUUUAGUCUCUAAGUCGAGUACUAAUAAACGUCCCAAGCAGUGAUUGGCACAGUUACACGGCCUUCUUCGAAAGCUAUCACUUCUCGGCCUGGAUCUGCAUUAUCUUUGCUUUGAUGUUACAGUGCGGGUUUUGUAUGGUUGUAAAUCGAGUGGAAAGCUUUGUACGAAAGGUAAAAAGACAGUUUUUUCUAAUUCCGUAGGCAUAUUGACAUAUUUUUGUUGACUCAUGUUUUAUUUAGCGCGAAAGUCAUCGAAGUGUAGCUGAUUUAGUAUGGAAGAUUGUGCGGCUUCAGCUGUUACAAGCAUCAAGCGUGGAAAACAAUUUGGUUGCUGGUAGGUUCCUAGCAUUACCCUAACCUCACCUUACCUCUACUUUAGUUUAAACUUCGCCUUGCCUUAUCCAUACCCCAGACUUACCCCGACCAUAUUCUAGCUUUACUAAAAGCCUUUCUUUAGUACUACACAAGCUCUAACUUUGCUCUACUUUAGAUUUACCUUAGUUUCCCAGCCCUAUCCUAGCCUUACUUCAGCCCUGCUCUAUUUCUACCCUACUCCUACUUACCCUCCCCUUCCCUAGUUUUUAAAUACCUUUAAUCAAUAGAUUUUUGAUGCCGUAGAUUGUAACGUACAGUGCUGAUGUGAAAGGAUGUUCAAGAUCUUUAAAUUUAAAAAUGAAAGCCAACGGAGUUAUCCUUGAGGCUGACGUUUCCCAUAAUUGGGCUUCUCCCCAGGUAUUUCACUUUCCUCGCGUCACAAAGUCGUGGGUGAGGUGUUCCAUAAGACCUGGCGUUCAAUCAUAUACUCGCGUAAGCCAAGUAUUGAGCCUGUUAUAUACUCGUGUAGGCUAAAGUCAGCACUACCCAUUCCUCAAGGCGCCUUGGUUGAGCGGUGCACGGGGUCGAACCAAGGGCCUUCCGAAUAGCGAGCGGCGCCACAGUCACUGCGCUACCAACGCAUUAUUAAUUAUUAUUAUUAAUGCAUUGGUAGCACGGUGAUUAUGCAUUAUACCUAACAUAAUAUAACUUUAGGCCGUAUAUCCUUCUUCAUAUUCUCUCUAGUUCAAUGCACAGUAAUAAUGGGAGUGUUAAGUUCGUAUAUCUUUUCAAAUUUGGUAAGACCAGAGGAUCCAGUGCCUUUUAAAACCUUUUCACAAUUCACUUCGUUGAUUGCGGAUGGCACUUUACAUAUGGUUGAAGUGACAAAAGCUAGUAUAUUCUACGAAACUGUAGUAAAUUCGAAUGCUACUGAUUUCUCUGAGUUACGGAACGCUUUGGAAAGUAAUCCGUUGAGGUUGGGAAAGGAUAUUGAUGAUGUUAUGGAUAUGUUGGAUAAGCCUGGUGCUGUCAUCAUAAGAUAUGUAGGUUAG